AUGUUCGCAACACACGAAUAUCCAGACCCAGACUACGCUGCAUAUGUCACCAAAUACCCCUGGAGAGAAGAUGACGGUUAUUUACCGUCAGCGCUACACGGUCUGCCUCCGGAGUCCUUGGAGGAGAUCUCACGCGCUGGGGUUUAUUCUAGUCCCCAGAAAGCUGGAGACGACGGAGGCGAGGUUCUCGAUAGUGUUGCUCAUGGGCCCGCCAAGGAGGUGACCUGGGAUCCCGACUACCAAGAGUCUGAAGCGGGUCUAACAGAAGAUGAAAACGUAUCGGAUGAAGACUCAUAUGCAGAGGCGUUGAAAGGCCGGAGGGAUGAAACUCGGCUGCGUCAAAGGCAGAGAUCCGGCCGACGUGCUGAUGUAUCUGGUAGAAAUUCAAGCGCACCUAGGAAGGGAAGGAGAGGUCGCGGUGGUAGGGUUGGGCGAGGAGGUAAGGGAAUGAAAAAGGGCUUGCGCAAGCCCAUCGAGCCAACACCAGAAUUCAAGGCGCUACACUCUCAGGCUACCAUGGCUUUUAUUGAUCAAAAUUACGAAGAAGCCGAGAAUCUCACGCUUCAGGCAUUGCUCAUCAACCCUGAAAUGUAUCCCGCUCACAACCUACUCUCAGAGAUCCACGCUGCUCGUGGUGACAAAGCGAAGGCUCUUAGUGCUGCAUGGAACGGAGCACACACCAGGCCGCGAGACCCUGAGAUGUGGUCAAGAAUCGCACGUCUGAUUCUGGAGCGUGAUGACGAUGACAGAGAUUCCACACUUCGAGACGCGAUUUACUGCUACAACCGCAUUCUCUACGUCGACAGUUCGAAUGUCGAAGCACGAUACCAGCGAGCUGCAUUGAAUCAUGAAUUGGGCCACAAAAGGAAGGCUGCCAACGAGUAUGAGCAACUGAUCAAACAGCUUCCGCACGAUACGACAGUCCUGCGUCACCUCGCGGAAAUUUACAUCGACCUUGACGAGCCUGAUAAUGCUUUGAGUCAUUACGAAGCCACCAUAUAUUAUUUUCAAUCAGUUGAGCCCUGUGACGUUACCAGUUUCACUUGGUCAGACGUUAACAUUGUCUGUGAGCUGUACGGUGUUCAGCGACGGUGUGAGGAAGGUAUUACUGUGCUCAAAACAUUAUCUCGCUGGCUACUUGGUCGUGCAAAAGAAAAAUGUUGGGAAGCGUUUGAUGAGGACGACAGAGAAUGGGACCUCGAAGAUCAGCCCCGUCGUAAUGACGUGCCAGGAUUUGUGCCUGGUGAACAUGACGUGACCUCGUACGGCGACGGCUUGCCUCUAGAGUUGCGUGUCAAGUUGGGAGUAUUCCGAUUGAAGUCUGAAAAUCGAAAUCUCAUGGAAGCAAUUAAUCAUUUCGAGUGUCUUGACCCAGAAGAUGACCAAAAUGGAGCAAAGAUCUAUGAUUACCCUGAUCUUUUUCGCGAAGCAGCAAAUGCUUUAAGGGUGAGAAAAUACUUUCACGAGGCUCUCCGAUAUUACGAACCAAUAAAGAAGGUCAGCGAGUAUGGGGACGCGGCGUUCUUCAUGGAAAUGGCUUCAUGCUAUAAAGCAGUUGGACUUAGGACCGAAGCCGAAGACUGCUACAUGAUUGUUGUCGACAGUGACAAAGGAAGCCCAGAAGCACGGCGAAGACUAUUAGAGAUGUGCUCAGAAUCAGACGUGUCUCCAAAAGGAGCACCAACUACCGAUGAGGUAGUCUCGGUAAAACAGCACAAAGCAAGAAAACGUGUAGGAGGAAAGGAAGCAAAGCAGCCAAAAAAAAGUAAGGCUCUACCUUCUUGGGCAACGACUAUGCUUGCCCCCCGUCUGGUGCCUCAGUCAGCCAAGCAGAUUUCUCUCGAAAGGGAGGAAGCCCAAGAGGAAGAUGUUAAUGCUCUUUUCCUCCGGAGAGAGGCUCUCACAGAGCAAGCUAGAAAUGGCGAUGAAAGCUCGAAGACCGAAUGGAUGGCAAUUACGAAGACAUUGAUUCAAGAAUUCAAAGACAACAAGGUUUUCUACCCGCUUGACAAGCACCAUAAAUUUUAUGGAUAUUCCAGAGAAGCUCGGUCGAUGGCGGCAAGACCAAAACACGAGUUGGAUGCUCUCGCAGAACAAUCAAAGUCACACUUAGAAACAGCACAAGGCGAUCAGAUCGUCAUUCCCGGCGACUACUGCAGAAUACCGUUCGAUUGCUGGCUAGAAAUCUUCCUCGCGUAUGCCUUGACGCUUGCACACGGGGGAAACAUCCUGUCUUCAUACGAGAUCAUCGCUGCCGCUUUCCAUGCUAAUGUAUUUUACCACUCGCCAGAGUCGCUUUUCUGCAUCCAUGUCUGUUGGUUUACAUGUGCCUUACUUGGAAACGACGACGAAACACUCUGUAAUAUUGCUCGCUGGUUCAUGAAGGAGUAUCAAUUCGUCACUGAUGGCUACCGCCUGUUCUCGGCACUCAACAGACUUUCUGAUACUGAGAAUUCUUGGUACAACUGUGGUCCCUCGCAGAAAUAUAUACUUCGACAGCUCAAGGCCGUGGACUUCUCCCUGUUAGGCGACAGUCGCCGCAAAAGCUUGUUCCAAGAGAGAGCUUCUUACACCACUAAAGACGACAACGGCAAUCAAAUACGAGCUCAAGAGAUGGAUGUUGUGUUGCUCAUGCUCUACGGUCAUAUACUUUACGCUGGUAAAAGCUAUGCUUACGCAGUUAACUAUUUCUUGCGCGCUCUCGCUCUUGACCCAACAAACGUUAUGAUCAAAUUUUCCCUAGCCCUGGGAUACCUACACUAUGCGCUCAAGCGACAAGCCGACAACCGGCACCAUAUAUUGAUGCAAGGCCUGGCUUUUCUAUUAGAGUACUACGAUUGCCGACAACGGUCUAGUAGAUCCUCAGAGAAGCAGGAAGCGGAGUACAAUGUGGCUCAUGCUUAUCACCUAUUGGGCUUGACCCAUCUCGCGAUUCCAUACUAUGAACGAUGCCUAGCCAUGAGCGCGGCUGCGCAAGUUGAGGAGUCAGGUUGCCGAGCAGAAGAUAUUGCACAAGAGGCAGCCUUUGCUUUGCAAAAUCUUUGGGCAGCAAGCGGCAAUAUGGAGAAGGCUUGGGAGAUCACGGAAAAGUGGCUAGUGGUCAGAUAA